AUGCAGGUGCCUAGUGUUGGGCAGUCCCGGGAUUGGCAGGUUUUUGGAGUGUUUCUGUUGCUCGUGUUCAUGACGGAGAAGAGGGACAUUGCGUACCGUUCUCUUCGCGAAUCGUGUCCCUACUACUUCAACUGGAAUAGCUCAAAGGGCUACGAGAUCCCGGAGAUGCCGCUCGCUGGUAAAAAGUACGAAGGCUUGUUCGAUGGUAACGAGUGCGGUGGGGCUUUGGACUAUAGCCAUUUUCACCAUACGUUCCUCUUCGCUAGCCCCUGCACGAAGAAUUACCACCAUUUCGAGAAGGAUUCGUGCAUCACGGUGUACAUGAACCCAUGGAGCAAGGCUGAGUGCCAGACCUUUGCCGACCAAAUUGAAUUAAAGGACCCGGACGAGUGGCACCACAUAUUCAACCUCGUUGGGGGGGAUCCCCAGACUCGUGUUCUCUUUCUGUUUAGAUUUCGAGACCUUGGUGGACCGCGUCAAGUGCGUCUUCCCGAUGACGACAACAGUAUAGAAGAACUGGCGUGGCGUUUCCAGGCUGGAGAUUUCAGAUUCAACGACAGGAUGAUACACAUUCUGUUCCACUUGAAUCGCAGCAAGGAAUCGCGUGGGCGUCUUUAUUUGAGCCUGCGAGGCUUGGAUCAUGUUCGACUGAGAGGAGAACAGAGCAAGAGAUUCCUCGUGGAAUACCUUACCUCAAAGAAGUUUCGUAUGAGACCACUGGAACAAAUGAAUGCGGCAAUGAUCGAAUUUGGCUCGUACGCUAUUGCCAAAUGUGAACCGACGCUGUGUGUUCCGGCUGCGACGACUUUUCCAGCAAUCGACGCAGUGCUGGUUGUCCCAGCCGAUCGUCGUAUUAUAUACGUCCAAAUGGCAGCAGACAGAGCGCAUCCGAUCCAGUACGAACGCUUGAGCGAACUUUACCAGGGCUUGUCGAGGCGCGAAGAAUUUCGAGGUUAUACGCACUUGCUUCUGUUCAUUGUCUCGGGCGGCAUUUACGAUGGCUUUACCAACCAACCCUACACGAGUACGCCCGAGACGGCGGAAGCUGACAUCGGCGUGACGCAGUAUGUUGGAAAGUUCAUUCCGCAUUAG